AUGCGUGGGUUUGCUGCUGCAGCACAUGAUACCAAACGCCCCAUUGCAGCCAAAAAACAGAAACGUCCCAAUUCAGGAAACAGUAAUGCAUCAGCUGCAUCAUCAGCUGCAGCAACGCCCAUGAUUCCUCCGCCACCUUUACCUGCUCCACCAGCUCAACAACAGCAAAGACUCCAGCAUCAGCAGCAACAACAUCAGCAACAUCAACAACAGCAGCGCGAACAGCUUCAACGUCAGAUACAACAGCAUCAAGACGAUCACAUGUAUCAACCUCAACAAUCAUCGUAUAAUAGACAAAGUAGUAAAAAGAGGAAUGCAGCUCCAGUCAGACAACCGCCACCGAGUCAUCCAAAUAACAAUAAUGUGCCACCACUGACUGGCGGGCCUGACGAAGAACUAGAGUUCUUUGAACGAGCCAAACGAUCCAUUGGAAACAAGUCUACGUAUAACGAGUUCUUAAAAGUCUUGAAUCUCUUCAGUCAAGAGCUUAUAGAUAUAAAGACUCUUGUGGAGAGAGUAGAACCGUUUUUAGGCUGGACCCCAGAUCUGUUUGAUUGGUUUAAGAAGUUUGUCAAGUAUGAAGAGGAUGAUGUCAUUCACAAUGUGGAAGGGCCUUCUCGAGGACUUGAUUUGGUGACUGCUCGUCGGACCGGUAGAAGUUAUCGACAGUUGCCUCCAGACACUCCUCGACCAGUAUGUUCAGGUCGUGAUGACUUGUGUCGUGAAGUCUUGAAUGAUGACUGGAUUUCAACACCAGUGUACAUGUCAGAAUCAGGUGAAUUCGGUCAUCACAAAAAGACAGUAUACGAAGAAGCCAUUUACAAUGUCGAAUCGGAAAGAUAUGAAUUCGAUAUUAAUAUCGAGGCCAAUCUACAUACUAUUGCCAUUUUGGAACCUAUUGCUGCCAAGAUUCAAAUAAUGACUCCAGAGGAAAAGGCCAAGUUUAAACUUGCUCCUGGUCUUGCUCCUGGAGAGUCGCAACGAAUCUAUCAACGUGUCAUCAAGAAGGUUUACGAAAAGGAACGUGGAUUGGAAGUCAUUGAAGCUCUUCAUGAGAAACCAGCUAUAGCUGUCCCAGUGGUACUGAAACGCUUGAAACAAAAAGAUGAAGAAUGGAAGCGUGCUCAGCGUGAAUGGAACAAGGUGUGGAGAGACAUCGACAUGAAGAACUUUUACAAGUCUCUCGACCAUCAAGGUGUCACCUUCAAAACCACUGACAAGAAGGCCAUCUCCAUUAAAUACCUUAUACACGAGAUUGAGACCAUUAAUCGUGAGCAGCGAUACAGGAAAUCCAAUCUCACCAUCCAAUACCAAUAUGAUUUCGCCUUUCGAUAUGGCCAAGUCUUUGAAGAUAUGCGCAGACUGAUGAUUUCACUCAUGAGAGCAUCGCACAUGUAUACAGAAUUGGAUCAAGAACGAGUGAGAAGCUUUUUAAGCUUAUUUAUACCCCAAUUCUUCCUCUUGGCUAAAGUCACUGAUUCUCAUGAUCGUGGACUUGGAUUUGAUGGAACUGGAGCAACAACAAAUGGACUAGAGAAUGGCCAUGAUAACAAUAUGGAUAUUGACGAGCCCGCACAGAAUGCUGUUAAGGACAAGAAGGGUAAAUCCAGUUUACGACGUAAUGUAUUGACUCGUCGAGCACCUCUUGCCAAGAAACAAAAGACUAGUAAUGUUAAGAAGGGUGGCGAUGAGGAGGUGGAAGUAGAAGAUGAUGGUGCGUCGUCUAAUGAUGCUCGUAGUGAAGCAGCUGGAGCAGAGUCCGAUGCAUCCGCCACCCAUUCAACACCUGGUAAUGUGGUGAUACCCAUGUUGUCACCGUCGUCACAAAAGGUUUCGUACGUACGGCCUAUCCAUCCUACACGACCUACGUACACCUUGUAUGCUAAUAAUGCGUUGUAUGGAUUCUUCCGUCUCUUUGAACUGGCAUAUGCGAGAAUAGCCAAAAUGAAGGAACUCUCUGAUGAAUUAGCUAAAAAUCCCUCACGAGUUGGUAAAAUCAAUCCAACGGCUAUUGAAUUAGGUCUUUAUACACGAGGUGGUGCGGAAGCCAUGCGAGCUUUCGCAGACAAGAAUCGGUAUGGAGAGUUGAUACGGAUAGCUCAUGAGCUUGUAGAAGGCAAGAUGGAUCAACCCGAGUUUGAAGAACGAGCGAGGAGCAUGUAUGGUACUUCUGCGUACCUCAUGUUUACUAUUGAUAAAGUUUUGCAUGCUGUUGUCAAGCAGAUACAACUUAUGGCAUCAGAUCCAAGGACUAUAGAUCUCGUCAGCUUAUAUUAUCGUGAUCAGGAGAACUCGACUACUAGUACGAAGCAGGAAGGAAUGUAUAAACUAGCUGCUUCUGGUAUUAUGCUUGAGGGGGAGAAUAUGUAUCGGCUUGAAUAUUUUGUAGCUGAAAAGGUCUUGACAAUCCAACUAGUGUCAAACGACGAAGCCAAAGAACACGAUGUGACAUCAUCAGAACAACGCUGGUCCUUGUACGUAGACCGAUACAUCCAAGCAUCACCAACAGACUCGGCGUAUAAACUCUACCUGGUAAAACGCCCCUUCCUCAAACGUCUACUCCCAUCACCAGCCAACAUCCCGGACGUCUCGAUAUCGUCACUAGGCUACAUAUCCAAAUCCAACCUCGAACUCAAGAUUUGUGUAAACACGUUUAAAAUAUGGUAUGCAGCACCGACCGAGGAUGUCUUUUAUCGGCCACGAGAGACGAGAUCUGCAACAUUAUCUGAAUCACAAAAGGAAUUAAUUGGACUGUUAUCUGGCGGUGUUGAGAAUGGGGAUGGUGCUGCUACACGGGCACAAGGGAUACGAUCCGGACGGUUUAACUCUUGGCUUGCGGCGAGACGAAAACGGAUUGAUGAGGAGGUGAAGGUUGUUGAGAGUAGUAGGGCUAAAGAGUUGGAGAGGGUUGCUGCUGCAGCAGCUGCUGCUGCCACUGCUCCUGUUGUUAGUAAUGUAGAGCAAGUGAAACAACAGCCGCAGCCGCAAGUUGUGGUUACUCCUGCUGCUGAAAAUGCUAAUGAGGGUAGUAGUAGUGUUGUUGCAUCGUCGUCAUCGGCAAUGGAUGUUGAUCCUAAGGAGGUGGUGUAG